CCCGCGCUGGGCUGCUCCGGUGGGGAGGCGAGGGGAAAGUCGCGCGUCGUGGGCCGCGCCUGCGGCGUAGCAGGGGCUUACUGCAGCAGCAAAAAUGGUGGGUUUGCUUUUUGUGGGUGCCCUUAAGGUACAGCGUGCUGCACAGGCGCCGUCUAGGGCGGGCUGGAGAGAGCAGGCGGAGUUAACCGCUGUCACAGGAGCAAGGUACGCGACCUGUUGGCAGGGCGGCUUUCGCGAUGGCCGUUUGAGAGCUGGUUUCCUGAGCGGUUCCCUCUUUGUCCUGCAUUUGCUGUUCCUUUGAGGAGGAUGCGUAACUCGUGCCAUCUAAAUGUUUUUGUAACAAAUCGGAAUGAAUUCCCUUCGAUCUUACGGUUCUGCUACCUGUUGUACGCUGUGAGCUCUCACAGAACCCUCCUUAGAGGGCGCGUUACGCGACAGUCGUUACACAAGGCAGAAGAGAGUAGUUUCUUUUUUUCUAACCUGUUGGGGGAAAACCUUGCUUCUCUCGGCAUCUUAUUUGCAUUGGUUUGUCUUAAAAACAUACGCUGUUUGAUCACUGUCGCAAGGAGGCAGCUUUGCGUGCAUGUGAUCUGCCCCAAGGAACCGUGGUACUUUUGUUUUGUUCCCAGCUCCCCCCACCCCCCCUUGUGUUUUACCUAUGUGGUCUCUCUGCCUGUGAACAAGACAGGUUUUACAGGGGUUUUUGUCUUCAUUUUGACAGUGCCUCACAGUAACUGGUUACUAGUCAAGUAAGGCCUUGCAAGGGAGUUGGCCAGAGACCUGGAGAUUUUACUCAGCAAACAGCAGUGCUCUCUGACCUGCUGCAGGAGACUCACCUCUAAUUUGUGAUCUGCUUUGAGAAAGAAGCUUGAGUUCAGUUCCUGCUCAGUGAUGAAGAGGGCUCAGAUGUGCUUACUUUAUUGCUCCCACAAGAGUCCAAAGUCAAAACAGAGCACAGAGGGAUUUUCAGCAUUCUGAGAGGAUUUGAGGAACAACAGAAAACAGAGAAAAUGCCUUACUUCUGCAGGAAAGCAAGGACAUGAACAUUUUAGAAUACUCGGUUAUUUUUUUUCUUUUUCAGGUUUAUACUGUCAACUUGGAAUCUCGUUAUUUACUAAUACAAGGAGUUCCUGCAUUAGGUGUUAUGAAGGAAUUAGUUGAACAGUUUGCCUUGUAUGGUGCCAUUGAAGAGUAUCAUGCUCUAGAUGAAUAUCCAGCGGAGCAAUUCACUGAAGUUUAUCUCAUAAAAUUCCAAAAACUGCAAUGUGCAAGGGUGGCCAAGAAAAAAAUGGACGAACGAAGUUUCUUUGGCAGUUUGCUGCAUGUGUGCUAUGCUCCAGAAUUUGAAACAGUCCAAGAAACCAGGGAGAAGUUGCAGGAUAGAAGAAAAUACAUAGCAAAAGCAACAAAUCAAAGAGAUUGGUUUGUGGUAAAGAAAGUAGAGGGGCCUGAGAAGACCAUCUCAAAGAACCCUGACUGUCCGUGGAGUACACCAAGGUCAUGUACAACCGGGAACUGGGAUCCAUCAUGCUUUACAAGUUCUCACAGGGUAUGCCAAAACACAGGAUAUCCAUCUGGGAAUCAUAAUCAGAGCCUGUUGAUGUUUCCCCAGUGUGAUAACGAGUGUGCUGAAACUUCUAGGUACUUUGGUCAAAGCACAUCCCUAACUCUAAAUGUACAGCCAGGAGGACGUACUCCACCAACUCCUUUAAUGCAGCAAAGAACAGUUCCCAAUGAUAACGGAAUUGAUAGGUUUAUGCCUCGUACGACUCACCUGCAAGAACGUAAAAGGAAGAGAGAAGAAGGGAACAAGUUUUCCCUCAUUGGAACAAGUGCAGACAAUACUGAAGUCAUUAUUGGUCCACAGCUACCAGAAAUACCUAAAGUGGAUAUGGAUGAUGAUUCAUUGAAUACUUCAGCCGCACUAAUUCGAAAUAAACUGAGAGAGGUAGCUGAUUCUUUUUCAAGAACACCUGUGGAAAAGCCAGAGAGUAGCUCAGCCAAACCACUUGUAAAGCAGAGAAGAAGAAUAUAGAUACUGCUGGCAGCAUCUUCCAACAGUCAUUUUUUAAAGUAUAUAGUUUAAAAUACCUAUUUUUUUAUGUUAACAAUAAAACUGUUUUCUACUGUGUUUCCAAGCCAUUCCCUGUUAAAAAUGGUAUCAAUUUAUUUCUUGGAAUGAACAAACCAGUGUAUUCCUAUUGCAAUCUUUUCUUGUGCACUUCAAACUAUAACAUGUUUCGUAACUCAUGAAGAAGUCUAUUUAGGUAGAGUAACAGAAAUAAAUUCUAUUUAUUCAGCAGCUUUUGCAGUAAAAGAAUACUGAAACUUAGUAAUAGUUUCAAGUUGCUCCUAUUUUUACUAUACCGUGAAGAAUGGUGAAGAAAAAACCUCUUACAACAGCAUUCCACUUGGAGUUACAGUUUACGAGUUUCCUGGAAAGUUUUCUGUUCAAAUGCCAUACUGCUCUGUUUAAAAAAGGGGGGGAAAAAGUUCAUUUUCAGUUAACUAAAAGAUUAAUCAGAAAAGAUGUUAAACUAAAAUGUGUAAGCAGUGACAGUCCUUACAGUUAGGCUACCUCUUGCUUUUCAGCUUAGAAAAGGUAAAUUCCAUAGCAUUAACAAUAUCAUCACUGGGGGACCAGUCAGAACAUUCACAGUUAUAACUGAAGGGGAAAUGGCUCACUGCAGUAACUUGCAACCAAGGAAUGCUCUGGCAUGGAGGGUGAGAAGGCCUAGCUGCAGAAUGAGUUAAGCUGGCUGGAAGCAGGAAUUCUAGAAACCGAGUUGACUUUGUAAAGGUGUGAAGUUUCCCUUUGUGAUAACAAAUAUCCACAGUGCUGUGUUACAACAAUUCUGGAGUGGGAAUACUCGGGGGCCACCUUUGGGCAGCAGAACCGUCACUGGGGGGAUGAACCCAGUGCUGGGCUAAGGAACCCCGUGCUGACACUCUCAAGGUUGGUGCUGGUGCAAGAGUAUGUAAGGAAUCGGCUCGUAGUGCAUCUUUGCAGGCUCCUUGUAGAACUGCUCAUGGUGGUUGCUCAUUACUUUUUUUUUUUUUUAAAUGUAUUUAAGUACAAAUGAGUGUUUAAUUUGUGUCAACGGGUAAAAUUAAAAUUCUCCAACACAACCCCACUGGAAAAUCUAGUAAGUUGUGGGUUUUCUUCAUGUGAAGCUCAUAGCCAAAAUUUAUUUAUUGCUUUUAGGGCUUGAAAGAAAAUGUAAAUAGAAUUCUCUUUUAACUGGAGACCUAGCAAAAAGGCAACAGUUAGGUAGGGUAUAGAACAGAGGGCACAAAUACUAUAAGCAGGAAAGAAGCAGAGUUUUCUACCCUUGCCAUGAUUAGCCUGAACCGUGUACCUGCUUUAUCACCAACACUGACAGAAAGCAAGUCACUUUUUUAUGUUGGUUAGUGAAUGAAAUUUUCUUCAGGAAGUUUUUAAAACCUUUCCACUGGUGUA